AUGAGUAAAUUCAACAAAAAUUUUGGGGUAGAUUUCCAGGGGCAUAAGGAAGAGGCUAUGGAACUAUUACUACAAAUCGACAGCAGUAGACAAGCAAGAAGAAUAGUGCAGGAUUCUGAAUGCAGGAAAACAAGGUUAAAUGGAAUGUAUGCUCCAAACUCUUAUAAAGAAAGGAGACUGGUGUGGGAAGAAUUAGGUUCUGUGAGGGGCUUAAUGGAAUGGCCAUGGGCUGUUUGUGGAGAUUAUAAUGUCACUAGGUUUAUCUCAGAGAAGAAAAACUGUGACAAUCUCGAGAUAGCUUCUAGAAUUGACAGGAAAUUAAUCUCAAAAGAGUUUGAUGAUAGUUUCAACAAUUUGAAACAGAUUCCUCUUCAAAGGCUGGUUUCAGACCAUAUUCCAGUUGCUUUACAAGGAAAACCAGAAUACAUACUUGCUUGUAAAUUAAAAGCUCUAAAGUCUAAUCUCAAGACUUGGAGCAGAAGUGAGGAUGGAAACUUGGGCUCUAAAAGAAGAAGUUUGGUAGGACAGAUGGCUGAAAUGGAUGUAGUGCUGGAAGAAAGAGUCCUAACAGAAGAGGAAUCAAUCAAGAAGGUAACUUUACUUAUAGAGUAUAAGGAGUUGGUCAAGAAUGAAGAAAUAUCUUGGAGACAGAAAUCAAGAUCACUCUGGUUAAAAGAAGGGGACAAGAACACUAAGUUCUUUCAAAAAAUGGCAAAUGCUCACAGAAGAUAUAACAAUAUUGAUCAACUUGUGAUUCAGGGAGAAACAAUUGAGGAGCUAGCUAGAAUUGAAGAAGAGAUAAUUGAUUACUAUCAAAAGCUGUAUUCUGAGACCACAUAA